UCUCUCUCUCUCUCUCUCCCCUUUCUUGUGGUUACCAAUCACUGCCGACACUACCAUCACUGUCGCUAAAAUCAAUACAACCACAACAGCAGCCAGAACUAACAUUUCAUUCAUUGUAGCAGAUCUGGGCAUUAUUAUCAUCACCUAUCUUCCAUCAUCAGGUUUGUAGCCGCUUCAAGGCGUACGGAUCGACCCAGAUCCCAAAUUUCGAGUAGAAGGAUUUAAAUGGUUUGUUUCAGCAUUACAAUGCUGGCAGCAAUGAAUGAAGACAAUGCUGUGUUAUCGGGUCGUAACCUUAUCAUUGACGAGAGUAGUUUUGAGGAGAACUUCUUGCGGUGCAUGAUUUGUCGGGAGAAAUUCAGCAAACAAGAACACCUACCAAAAUUUCUACAAUGCAAUCACACUUUCUGCUUGCUGUGUUUGAAAAAUGUUCUUAAACAUGCUAAUAACAACAGCCAAACCUUAAGACCUGAUAAAAAUAUCCUUAGGUGUCCAACUUGCAGAAAGGAGACAUGUUUGCCAUACCAUUCAGUUGAUUCCUUACCAACUGACCACAGAAUCAUCCAAAUGAUGGACUUUCUGUCUGUGCAACAGACAGAUCUUAGGUUGAAGAGUCAGUGUAUGAAACAUGGUAACCAACCAGUGUACUUUUUCUGCAGCAAGUGCAGACUUCCAGUAUGCCAAGACUGUACCAUUUUUGACCAUAAUGAACAAGAUGGUCAUAUCAUUACAGACUUAAAAACUGAGUUGGAGAGUAGCGCAGAACGUUUCACAGAAAUUGGUAAACGGUGCCAAGAAUGCAUCAAGUCUGCACGAGAGAUGAUAAAUGGACACACAACAGCUUCCAAGAGACUUGAUGUCAUUGAGAAGCAGAUUAAGUGUAUCAUAAAGGAAACCUUCAUCGAGUACCGUCUACUGCUUGAGAAAAGGGAAAAAGCACUUGCAGAAAAGGCCACUGAGAUGAUACGAGAGCAGAAGUCCAAAAAAGACAGUAGGUUUGAAGAGCCAGAUUUGACUGAAGAUUCUUUAGAGCGCCACAAGAGGUCCUUUCCAAAAGUCAGAAGGGGGUCGAAUGAUAUGUUUCGUUUUUUCAACAUUGAAAAGGAAAUUGAUAGCAUCAUCAAAAAAGAUGAAGCAACAGACAGCGAUGACACAGAUGAUAAACACUCACAGACCACAAGUCUGGAGAGAUACAAUGAGGUGCAACUCACCGAUGAACUGAAUAGUCUUGACCAGGUUAUUAUGCAGUUGGAUCCAACUCUGAAGAAUCCAUUGCAUACGAUGGAACCACCAAGAGCAAGCAAAUUCGAAGACAGAGGUGUUGUCACAUAUCCUGCGAGGGAUGCUGAAAGUGGAGAACAUCUGAACAUGACUAUGAAAGAGAAGCUGGAAUCUUAUGAAAAUUGGAUCAGCCAAGCUGCAACAUUGGAACGUCGGCGAACUUUGUUAACGUCGGUGAAACAAGACAACAGGCAGCAGCAAGGGGAGGUAAUCUAACCAGCUAGCAAGAUAAGGAUGAGAGUAGCUGAGAUGGAAAUGUAAUUCAACGACAUAUGCGCGAAAUGAAGAUAGAAAGUCAUAUAGAUUCUUGUUUAGAUUUUUAAAAAACCUCACCUUCUUCCACACAAAACGAAAAAAAAAAAAAA